AUGCAGUGGAGCUCCCCGACUGUUGCAGCCGACGUCAUCCGCGGCCCCUUCUCAGAUGAUCGUCUGACUGGUGUCACAUGGGUCAUCACCUGCCUGCUGGAGGAGGAGGUGGGCGGGGCCUGGGUGGAGGCUCCGCCCAGUGAAGGCGUGGCCGUGGUGGUCACGGACCUCUCCCCUCCCGCCCCCAACAUCUCGGUGACGCCGGCCAAGGCACGUUUCCUGGUGGGCGAUGCCGUGUCCAUCUCCUGCGCCGCGCCGGCACCGCCCGGCACCGACCGCAUCCAGGCCUUCCGCUUCAACGGCACCUCGGGCUGGGCCAGCGACGUCCGGACGUCCCGCCGGACGUCUGUCCACACCUUCACCGUCACCGGGCCCCGCGACGGCGGCGUCCACACCUGCUCCUACAGCGUCAUCCGGCGCGGUGGCCACGUCCUCCACUCGCCGCCCAGCCGGGCUGUGGUCAUCGAUGUCCGAGACCGCCCAACCCAACCCAACCUGACGGUGACACCCUCGGGCCUCACGGUGCAAGGGCAGCCCCUCCUCUUCCUCUGCAUGGCCCCACCCAGCAAAGCCCCUCGGCGCCACUUCCGCUUCCUCCGGGAUGAGCUUGAGGUCUCCGAGGGCAUCGUGGAAGGUUCUGGAAGCGCCCGGCUGAGGGUGGAGAGGAGCGGCCAGAACCAGACCGGGAACUUCAGCUGCAGCUAUGAGGAGAUGACCGAGGGGCGCUGGAUUGCCUCCUACCCCAGCGAGGCCGUGGCAGUGGUGGUGGAAGACCCGUGUCCGCCCCCCGUGCUUUGGGUGGAGCCUCCGUCUGGCGUGGUCACCGUGGGUCAGCGGCUGCGCCUGACCUGUUCUGCGAGCCGACGUCACUUCCGGCGCCGCUUCCGCUUCUUCCGCGAUGGCAUCGAGCUGACUCCGGGUGACCUCAUCGAUGGCGUCAUCAGUGACGUCACUGGUGAUGGGUCCCAGCUGGUGUUCCCGCGGAUUUCCCCCGAAUUUUCCGGGAAUUUCAGCUGCCUGCUGGAGGAGGAGGUGGGCGGGGCCUGGGUGGAGGCUCCGCCCAGUGAAGGCGUGGCCGUGGUGGUCACGGGUGGUUUCUCGUCCCCAGCUGAGUUCGAGUUCCCCCCAUUGGUCAUCGGCGGAGUGGUGGGAGUAGCCUUGACGCUUCUGGUGAUCCUAUUGGCUGCUUGGCUAGGCCGGAGGAGGAGGAGUCAGUGGGGGGGAGAGGAGGAUUUGGACCCCAAAAUGUCCCCAGAUCGCCUAUUUUAAUGCCAAAA